AUGAAUCCUGGAAACCCCCUUCAGGGCGAACCCGGUUUCCCAGACACAUUCGCCCAGCAGCCUCCUCAAGCCCAGGCUGCUCAGCCGCAGCAGCUCCCGCAGGCUCCUCCGGCCCAGCAGCCGCCGCAGGUGCAAGUCGCGGCAGAGGACGAGGACGAGGACGAGAACGAGGAGGCGGACCCUGAUGGGCAGGUGGCUCAGGGAGCUCAGCAAGCCCAAGGUGGGUCAAAUGCGCCGCACGCGGGCAAUACGCCGAACACGCCAAAUGUAAUACUUGUAAAUGGGGUGAACGGGGUUCAUCAAAUGAACGGGGUUAAUCCAGCGAACCGGGUCAACCGGGUUAAUGGUGUCAACCCAGUUAAUGGUGUCAACCCAGUUAAUGGGGUAAACCCAGUUAAUGGGGUAAAUCCAGUAAAUGGGGUAAACCCAGUCAAUAGGGCGAACCCGGGAAACAGGGUGAACGUAGCAAAUGGAAUAAACCCAGUCAAUGGGGUGAAUCCAGUCAAUCGGGCCAACGUGGCGAACAGACUCAACUUUCCACGUCCUCUACGAAUAUUCGGACCUCACCGUCGGUUCCCGGACUAUCAGAUCCGCUACAUAAUGCUCAACGAGACCACAAUCUUGACGGCCAUCCAGUGGCUGGCGCCGGGCCCCAUCGACUGGCACGGGGCCCCGGUGGAUGCCCUCGACCUGGAAUUCCUGAUUCUGCGGGACCGGCAGCCCCAGGGAGUCACGCUGCAUGGGAGCAUCUCGCAGCACCCGUGGCAGCUGCGUCUGUUCCGAGAGGCGCGGCCAUGGGCCGCCGGCAUUGAAGUCCCCAUCCGGGAUACACGGGUGGUGGCGGAGAGUUUGACCCUGAACAUGCUGGAUCGCACCCAUAUAGUCCUAAUCCGUGACUGGCGGCGUUCUAUCCCUACCAAUCCGAGGAUUACUCGGUGA